AUUGCGCGCUGCGGUUCGCCAUUUUGAGAGGCUCCGGCGAAAGAGGCAGAAGGCCUAGGAUUUUCUGGUUCUAAGACCAGAGAGGCCGGAUGGUGAAAUCCUCUCUUCAACGGAUACUCAAUAGCCAUUGCUUUGCCAGAGAAAAGGAAGGAAAUAAAAGCUGCAUCAUGCCUCUUCUGAGUAAUAGUAGUGAAAGUUCCAGGGUUUCUUUCAAUUGCUGUAGUAACCUGGGUCCCGGGCCUCGGUGGUGUUCCGAUGUCCCUCACCCACCCCUGAAGAUCCCAGGUGGGCGAGGGAAUAGUCAAAGGGAUCACAAUCUUUCAGCUAAUUUAUUUUAUUCUGAUAACCGGCUGAAUAUAACAGAGGAGCUUACGUCCCAUAACAGGACCAGAAUUCUUAAUGUCCAAUCCAGGCUAAUAGAUGGGAAGCAAGUAGACUGGAAAGCUGUACUAAAUAACAAUAACCUGUACAUAGAAAUUCCAAGUGGCACACUCCCUGAUGGGAGCAAAGAUAGCUUUGCUGUUCUGCUUGAAUUUGCAGAGGAACAACUCCAAGUCGACCAUGUUUUUAUUUGUUUCCACAAGAACAGAGAUGAUAGAGCUGCACUUCUGCGAACCUUCAGCUUCUUGGGCUUUGAGAUUGUGAGACCUGGACAUCCCCUUGUCCCUAAGAGACCAGAUGCUUGCUUCAUGGCUUACACAUUUGAAAGAGAUUCUUCGGAUGAAGAUUAGUAAUCUUGCAAUGUUCGGUGUCUAGAGCUUUUUUUUUUUUCUUUUAGUCAUCUAAGAUGAGUUGUAAAACAUUUCAGCAUCUCUUCAGUUUACUGGUGGGGUUGAAUGUUUGCCCUGGUCUCUGUCCAGGUUAGAUCGGAUAUUGAGGGCAGGAUGUUGACUUUUAUUCAAUCCAGAUCAUCUUUCCUGAAUUAUUUCUGUUUGCAUGUUUUGAUGUUUAAUAAAUGCGCACUCCAGAUUAUUGCAAUGUCA